AUGAGGCUACUCAAGGGAUUCGCGUGUCUGACGACGCUUCUCUCAUCUAUUUCCAGCCAGUCCCUUGUCGCUGGACAGGCAGCACCUCCGAGCCAAUGGCCUUUACACGACAAUGGACUGAAUGAUGUCGUCCAAUGGGAUCAUUACAGCUUCAAAAUCAACGGAAAGCGACUUUUCGUUUUUUCUGGCGAGAUCCAUUAUUGGCGAAUCCCAGUCCCAGAGGUAUGGGAGGACCUGCUUCAGAAGAUCAAGGCUUCUGGGUUCACGGCAUUCGCCUUCUAUGGCCAUUGGGGCUACCACAGUGCGAACAACCAGACACUCGACUUCACAUCUGGCGCUCACGACUUUACCAAACUGUUCGAGAUCGCAAAGAAAGUCGGUCUAUAUGUCAUCGUUCGCCCAGGACCUUACGUAAAUGCUGAGGCCAAUGCCGGAGGCUUCCCGCUCUGGCUCACCACUGGAGCUUAUGGAAAGCUUCGAGACGAUGACCCUCGAUACGAAGCUGCAUGGAAGCCUUACUUCUCUGAGUUCUCUCGUCUUACAAGCAAGCAUCUUGUCACAAACGGAGGAAACGUCAUCGUCUAUCAGAUCGAGAACGAAUAUGGCGAGCAAUGGCAAGACCGAGAGAAGAAGAUCCCAUACGAGCCAGCCGCCCGCUACAUGGCAGCUUUGGAGGAUACCGCUCGCGAAAAUGGCAUCGAUGUCCCGCUUAUCCACAACGAUCCCAACAUGAACACGAAGAGCUGGUCUCAUGACUAUGCUCCCAAUGCUACUGGUAAUGUCGAUGUUGCAGGCGUCGAUAGUUAUCCCUCGUGCUGGAGCUGUAAUCUCGACGAGUGUACUGGCACCAAUGGCGAGUACGUCGCAUACAAGGUCAUAAACUACUACGAUUACUUCACGGAAUUCUCUCCAACACAACCAAGCUUCUUCCCUGAGUUUCAGGGUGGCUCGUACAAUCCCUGGAGUGGUCCUGAAGGUGGUUGCCCGAGUGACAUCGGCACCGACUUUGCCAAUCUGUUCUACAGGAAUCUCGUGUCACAGCGAGUUACUGCCAUCAGCCUGUACAUGAUGUUUGGCGGAACCAACUGGGGUGCACUGGCAUGCCCUGUGGUCGCCACCAGUUACGACUACAGCUCACCUAUUUCCGAGACACGCUUGAUUGGUCACAAAUAUCACGAGACCAAGAACCUCGCGCUUUUCACACGUGUUGCAGAGGACCUCACUGUCACGGAUCGAGUCUCAAAUAGCACCAGUUACACCACCAAUUCAGCAGUCAUUGCAAGCGAGCUGCGCAAUCCCAAUACGAACGGAGCCUUCUACGUCACCAUCCAUUCGUACUCACCAUCUGCGACUAAGGAAAGCUUCAAGCUCAAUGUUCGGACGUCCAUUGGUAACUUGACCAUUCCUCAACACGGCGGCUCCAUUGUGCUAAAUGGACAUCAAUCGAAGAUCAUUGUCACCGACUUCAAGAUCGGCAAGAACAUUCUUACUUACUCUACGGCUGAGGUCCUCACCUACGCAAUCGUAGACGGAACCCCAGUGGUUGUGCUCUGGGCUGGCGAAGGAGAGUCUGCUGAGUUCCAUAUCAAGGGUGCGAAGGCCGUUAAAUAUCCUGGACGUCAGCAAGGAGCAAACUAUAGUCAGCUCAAGACCGCCGAUGGUGUGACGAUUAAUGUUUCAAGUGUGAAAGACCAGUCGGUAUUCACCUUUGACAACGGGGUGAAGGUGGUUGUUGCAGACAAGCCAACCGCGUAUCUAUUCUGGGCUCCAAACUUGUCCAACGACCCAUUUGCGCCGGUGGAUCAAUCAGUCCUUGUUCAGGGUCCUUACUUAGUUCGAGGUGUCAAGCAGUCUGAUUCUACAGUGCAUCUAGACGGCGAUAUCGGGAAUGCAACCAACAUUGAAAUCUUCGUGUCCAAGAAGGUCAAGUCAGUCACUUGGAAUGGCAAAAAGCUCUCUCUCAAGAAGUCUCCCCAUGGUAGCAUCAUCGCUCACCAUGCUGGCUUCAAUGGAGCUAUCCAGCUCCCUUCUCUCGACUCCUGGAAGGUACAAGACUCUCUCCCAGAGCGCAAACCCGAGUACAACGACUCGGGUAUUGCGUGGGUCAAUGCCGAUCACCAAACCACUCCGAAUCCCACAAAGCCAGACACACUUCCAGUCCUCUACGUAGAUGACUACGACAUCCACAAUAGCUUCCAUCUCUUCCGUGGAUACUUUGAAGGCUCUGCAACUGGCGUCAAGCUGUCUCUGCAAGGUGGCCUGGCAUUUGGUUGGAGUGCUUGGCUCAAUGGAAACUUCAUCGGCUCCUACCUUGGUAACUCUACGGUUGGUAGCGGUAACUUGACUUUGUCAUUCACGAAUGGCACUGUUCAUUCCAACGGUACCAAUGUCAGUACCAAUGUCCUUCUGAUCACUCAAGACAACACUGGGCAUGACCUCCGUGCCGGCGCCGUUGACCCAAGGGGCAUUCUCGGCGCACAGCUACAAGGCGAAGCGACUUUCACAAAGUGGAAGAUUGCCGGUACUGCCGGUCGCGACGGGGGCAAACUGGAUCCCGUUCGUGGCACCUUAAACGAAGGAGGACUCGUGGCUGAGAGGCUCGGCUGGCACUUGCCAGACUUUGACGACUCUAAAUGGUCCACCAGCUCACCCUCUACUGGCUUCUCGGGUGCUGGUAUUCAAUUCUACCGCACCGUCGUGCCUCUCAACAUUAAAGACGGCCUUGACGUUUCACUCGCAUUCGUCCUCAACGCCGUUGGUUCGAAGAAGAUCCGCGCACAGCUCUUCGUGAACGGCUAUCAAUACGGAAAAUUCAACCCGUAUGUCGGAAACGAGAGGCGCUUCCCCGUCCCACCCGGUGUUCUCAACUAUAAUGGAGAUAAUACGAUCGGAUUGGCUGUCUGGGCUCAGAGCGAUGAAGGUGCAAAGAUUGAUAUCAAACUGGAGACUCAAUAUGCUGUGGAGAGUAGCUGGAAUUCGAAGUUUGACAGUGAAUACUUGCGACCUGGGUGGACGAGGGAGAGGCUCGCCUAUGCUUGAUUGUACUUAGAACGUG